ACUUUAUAUUAUCAUUUGAAUAAAUAAAACUAUACCUUGUUUGUUUUAAACGUACAAAUAAUAAAUCAAAGGUUUUGUUUAUAACAGUACCUAUCAUUAAACGAAGAGGACGUGCGGAUAGAAUAUUUUGGAAGAAACAAGCAGUUUUCAGUUCCAUUUAAUCUAAUAAGCUCUUGAGAUGGAUAGAUUACAUUCCCUCUACUGGAUAUAUUUACAUAGGAAAACCAAUCUAAAAUGAAUUCAAACAUUUCUAAUGAUAUGUUCCUUUCAUUCAGAAUUAAUUGUAAAUAGUAUAGUUUACUUGAUUAUUUUUUAUAUUAAACAUAAGAGUGGUCCAGUUCAUAUAACAAGGAUUAGACCAGCAGAUAGCUUAGCGAAAAAUAAAGGUAGUUCGUCCGAUAAAACAUGGUUAUUAACAUCUAAAAAAGGCUUUGACCGAUUUUAAUGAAAGUGUCACAGUUUGUUGAUAUGUUACAGUUGAUUCAGUAUUUCCAGAGGUGUGCUCACAGGAUACUUCAAUUAGUUUUCAGCACAAAAAAAUACCGCCCAGCACAUUUUUGAAAUUUUCACGAUUUUUAAAAUAACUAAAAAUUCAAGUUUAUUUUGUUUCUUAUUUUUUUUUUUCGACAUCUUACUUUGUUUUCGAGGAAAAAAUUAAAACUAUCAAUUUUGCAAUUGGCUAGGUGGCCCAAGUUAUAUUUUUAUUACAAUAGAGAUAAUGACAUGUUUAAGCUCAGCUAGUGUCAAUGUAUCAGUGCUAAAGAGAUAUAUCUCGAGAUAUAUGUUACGAGUACAUUAUCACUUUAACAUAAGGAAAACCUCAUUCUGCCACUCUAAGCUUUGAUACAAAUGUAAACAUUUCUUGCUUUUUCUCAAAAAUGUUAUUUUGCUCUUUAGACCAGUUUAGCUCCCACCAAUAAACUAUCAGAUGGUGAAAUUCUGACGAUAUGAACAGGAUCCACCUGUAUAAUAAAUAAGUUUAUAUCUUACUUCUCCAAUUAGUAUAAAAUGAAAAUACUUUAAGUGCCAUUUAAAUAAUAUUGGUAUAUCUCAGAACUCAUAACUAUCAAAAUCGAAGGUGGCAAUUCUGUAACAAUUGACAAUACAUACAUUUUAGAUUAGUUUUCCCAAUAGGUAAAAAUAUAAAAGUUACUACCACAGAUAUUCUAGCUACGCUAUGAUUGUAAACAGUUUACUUUAAAUACUUACAUUUUAUAUACAUGAUAACGAUAAAAAUAGGAAUAAACAAUAAAUUCAUCAAUUUCUUAUUGCACAAAAGAUAUGAAUUCGUAAUCAUUUUUAAACACAGCAUUAAAAUAUUUAGCCAAUUUUUCAAUUAAUUUUGCAGUCUUACUACAAAAUCAAUUAUUAUAUUUUAACAUACUAAUUUGAUAAAAACACUUUUUGAAAUAAAUAUAAUAUAGUUAGGAACAGUUUAAACACUUUCAAGUGUGGCUUACAUAUAUCCAACUCUAGAAGCAGGCGAGCAAUUUUUGGUAAACAAUUACCCAUAUUGUACAUAAGGGUUUUCAGGUAGAUUAAAAAAAAACGACCUGUGCACCUAUAUUUGGAAUUUGCGUUUUUAGAAAAUGGAAAUUUAAGUACCUAUUAAUUAAUUGAAAAACUGGCCAUUUAAUAAUAACCUAUUUUUCAACAAUAUAAAUAAAUAAAAGUUGAUUUUUCACUGAAUUUACAAUAUUUACAUGAACCACUUCGGUGAGAUUUGAAAUUCUUUAUCUUAAUGCACGGGAGGAAAAUUAACACUAAAAUUUUAAUUUCAAAACCCGAUAUUUUUGUUAAUUUAAAUUUAUUAGCCAAAGGUAGUGUAGUGCCUCAGUUAGAAUGUCACACACUUUUUAGCCAACCCUUCAAUUCGUGGCAGUCCUAGUAUGACAAAGGCUAAACAACUUCGGUUGCUAAGAAUCGAUUGAUUAUUGAUCAUCAUUAUGAUUUUAUUUUUUAAUUUUUAUACACGACAUGUCAUUUGUGCUACUAAAUAUACCUUAUACAUAUCCAACGACAAUUAUUUAAUAUGAUGGGAUAAACAAAUUUAAAGAUCCCACAGGUCAACGGCAGAUCAACUGUCACUGCCGGAAUUGCUGUGUUCGUGCUUUCGACCGCCUGAAAUAGUUCACUUCACUGCCUGAAAUGUUCUGUGCCUGAAAUCAGUGAGGUUGAAUCCUGAAAUCGAAAUACACAUGGUCAUCUGUUGUUGGCGACAGGCUCCGCGGAAAAUGGAAGCAGUAUGUAAACCAUAGAUAAAUUAAUUACUUUAUUGAUGUGAACCUACUCUGAGAUGUGAACUGUUCACUGUUCUUAACUUGUUAUUAUCACCUGACAUCUUUCAAUAUUUGACACAUUUGACAUUUUCAAUUUCCAUUGAGUCAAAUGGAAAUUGCAUUUUAUCAAAGAGUUUAUCAUUAUAAUCAUACAAUUACUUGGAAUUUCAUCUCUUUUAACAUGCCUUUCAUGUGAUAUUUGUUGCAGUAUGUUCCACCUAUUUAAUUUUAUUGGUGCAUACAGUUAGUUUUAAAAAUCAAGAUGUAUGAAAUAUCUGUGAAGUUUUUGGGAAAGGAGACGAGAGAUCUAAUUUCAGCAUUAUUAAACCCUAAAAAAAUCAUACCCAAUGAGAGAGGUUUAUGUCGUGAUUGGCAUGGUUUAGCUGAACUCUGUAGUAUAGGAGGUGAGAUAAUUCCUAAUAUUGAGAGAAGCAGUGAUCCUGUCUCAAAAGUAUUGGAAAUUUGGGCAGAAAAAAAUAAAAAUGAUAGUACCAUUAAAAAGCUGGUUUUAUUUUUGGAAAUGUUGGAUAGAUUUGAUGUUAUAGAUGAUAUUACUCCAUUAUUAGACAAAGAUGUGGAAUACUUCAGAGCAAAUCCCAAUGGAUUUACCGCCGAUCUCCAAGACAUUGAUGACAGAGACAUAAUAACGUAUGAUGACGCUGAGCGAAAAAGAGAAGGUCUUCCUCCACAAACUUACGAUGCAUUUGUACUCUUUGAUGAGGAUGAUAUUGGUUUUGCCACAGAUAUUGUCAAUACUAUGGAAGCGCAGUAUAAUAUGAAGUUAUGUGUUAAAGACAGAGAUGUUGUUGGAGGAGAAUACAAUCAUGAUUCUGUUAUUAGACUGAUUGCUACUAGGUGCAAUAGAGUGAUAGUGGUAGUAUCCCCAUCAUUUCUGGACAGUCCAACAAACAAGUUUUUUUAUACUUUGGCUUCAAUGGAUGGAAUCGAGAAACAAAGAAGAAAAAUAAUUCCUUGCCUCUACAAGAAGUGCCCAAAUCUACCCAUUGAUUUCAAGGCAUUUCAUCUUCUUGAUUAUACAAGAUCAGAAAAAUUAUUUGGCAGUUUUUGGGACCAACUUUUUAAAUCUUUGAAAGUUAUAACGCCUCCUUCUCCAAGAAUUUGUGAAAAUUCUUCUGCAACAUUGCAGAGGAACACAGAGAAUCGGGCUAGAAUAACUGAAACUUCGAGAUCUUCUAACCACGUAAAAUUUGCCUUGCUGGACAAUCAACAACAAACCCAGGAUGAUUUAGAAUUACCCGCCGCAGAGAUUAAUGAAGUAAUUUCAGUUUCUUCCACGUCUACAUUAGGUAGUACCAACAAAGAGCUCAAAAAGCAAAACUCAUUUUUCAAUAAAUGUAGGAAAUUCCUUUAUCAUAAGAUAGAAAAAAAAGGAGUGGAUGAUAAAACUGAAGUGCAUCAAAUCAACGGCUUAGUUCCAAAGAAGAAAAAGUUUUGGAAAAGUAAUAAAUUAAAAUUAGCAGUUGCGAAUUGACAAUGAUGCAUAUCAACGAUAUUCAGGAUUUAUUUUUUUAUCUAAAAAGCUUAUAGUGCUAGUUUGAAACAACAGACAACCAGAAUAUUUUUGGUUGUAAUUGGGAUUACAUCCCGAAGAAACAGUUUGAAACAUUUUGGUAAUAUUUUUUGUUCAAAGUUAAUUAGUGACUGUUGUAUACCUACCUGUCAAUUUUUCUCUCGUUAUCAAAGAUGUUUCAAGUAUAUCCUAAUGUUUUAUAUAAAUAUUUACAAAUCAUAAAAUGAUUUUAUUGACUUAGUUAUAAAGUCGUUAUAAAAUAUUUUUUAUUGCCUUUAUUUGUGAUAAAAUAGCACAAACCUAAAGAUACCCAUUUAAUCUUCAAAUUUCAUUAGUUUGACAAACCUAUAGCGAGAGAUUUUCAUAUUAAAAUUGAGUACAAACAAUAUAAAAUAUACUGAUGUGAAUAUAUUGAUAUAGAAAUAUUUCAUAUUCAAAUAAAAAAAAAUCUAACUGGAGCGAGUUCAAAAUCUAUAAAAUUAAUAAUUGAAAAUUUACAAAUAAACUAAUUUGAACAGUGAAAAAGAAAAAUAAAAUAAAUUUAUUGCAACAAAAAAAUAAAAGAUGAUCUCUUCUUCUAUGGUGCUCCAGCUUCUCUGCUUCUCCUCGUUUUGCUUUCUCAUUCUGAUUAUUUGGCGAUUUUUCAUAUUAAUUUAUAAUCUUAGUUUAUGUUUUGUUGAUAAUUGAACUUUGGUGAAAUUCAGUGAAACUCAUUAUUCAAUUCCCUUGCAUUUCGAAGCGUUUAAGCAGAAAUAAAAUUUUCCAUUUCACUUUUUUGUUUUGUUUUCGAAAUAGUUUAUGUUGUACCUUUAUGUAAAAUAUUGCUAGAUGUGGCAAAAAGUCAUUCAUCUGUUCCAUUUCAUUACCAAAUAUUAAAAUAGUAUUUAUAAUGAAAUAUCGAUACCUUUGUGCCAGACUGUCAUAAGUGCCUUUGAACAAAUGUCGCUUACGUUAGUCUGGCAAAAAGAUAUCGAUGUCCUUUUGUACUGUUUUAAAAGAAAAUUUAAAUUUGAUAUUAAUAUAAGACAAUCGUGUAGUUAAAAAAGUCUUUUUUUAUUCUGUUCAUUCCAACAAUUUUUUUAUUUGAGUUAUGUUUAUUUAAAGUUACGACAUAUUAAUCUUAUGUAAUUCAUAUUAUAAAUGGGGACGACUUGAAGAAAGUAACUUGUUUUCAUCUCACUCCACACUUUUUGUCGUGGCUUUAAACUUUAAAACGUUACGUUUCUAGUUUGAUACGUGGCAACGUUGUCUAGUGAUUACCAGUCUUACAAGGGUCUGACCCAAUAAUUUGACUGGUAGCGUUCUCGCGUCCUCUUUUUUUGGACCACUGGAUACAUCAUUAUUAUAAUUUUUUUAUAUUUACCACAUCAUCCUAUUUUGUGUAAUUUCAGUUUAACAAGGGUACCAACAUAAUAAAAAAUAUUGUAAAUAGGUGUUAAAAGCAAUAUGAGUGGGACUGAAUACUUAUUUUUCAGUUUACUUAUUUUGUGCUGAAUGACAAGUUUUGCAUGAAACAGUACCUCUGACUACUGUUUUGGAGCAUAUUUAAUUUGUGCUACUUUGUAGUAAACAUGUUGCGUAUUCUGUUAUUGAGGUUUCAUAAUAGAAACAUAAACAUACACUCGAGUGUAUCAAUUUUUCCGACUUUUGUAUCAGAUUAACUCAAUAUCAUCGCCAAGAACGAAAAUAUUUGCAUACAAUGGCUUCGUUUAGCAGAAAAAGUCUGAUUGGGGUCUGUUUCAUUUGCAUUGUAUGCUGAACAUGGAAUUUUAAUGUGCAAAAUAUAAGUGUAAACGACAAAAGUAAAAACUGAAAGGAUGGCUUUGGUGGUUCAAUGGAUGCAAAUAUUUUAAUUUUCGCUUUUGACGAUAAAUCUUAUGUUGCAAAUGACUGGAAAAUUGGUACCCUGGACUGUACCGUUUAUAUCUCUAUUUAUAUUAGUUGAUCUUACUCAGUAAGAAGAUACGCAACAUGUUUACUACAAUUUAAAUGCUACACGUACAUAUAUCACAGCGACAUGUUGGGGACGUCGGACCUCUCCCCCCAAAGCCACGUGAUUUUUGUCCGACAAAUGUGACAUCGCUAAUGUAAUAUAGAGAACCGUCGAUUCACAUUAAAACUACAGGUAUAUGUAUCAACUUCCUUAGGGACCAAGCAGCGUACAGGAAAAGUUGGCCGUGUAGUCAGAUCGCUCAUUACUUUGCUACCACACCUCGUAUAUAACAAUUUUUAACGUGGUUAUUGUGGAUUACAUGCAUCAGAUAUUUCUUUGUAACUACUUUACUUUUUAACAUAAAUGGACACUAAUAGAUUUUUACUUUGAAAAAUUACAUCAGAUCUUGUCCAAUUAAAGCAAAAAAAUAAAGUAUAACAUAAUAUACAUUUUAUUUAUUAAUUAAAGAGAUUCAACAAACUCUUGUGAUUUAGAGAAAACUGUUGAUCAUUAUACAUUGUCAACUCGGUUUCAACCCUGAUACAAAAAAUUACAGAGAUAUGAUACUUAGCCGACGAAAUUUCGCCGAGUUCGCGCAUGACGUACUGUGGUUAUCUGCUUGGCCAUGAGCAGAUUAAAAUUUAUUUUCUCGCUCUGUUUUCGAACAGCUGAUACCUCAAAUUUGUAAAAGUCACGCCUUCCCAACCCCAUACGUCAACGUGACGUAGUAUGAAUCGGCGUACCUUAUUUUUAUAGUAUCAAUAGUUUCAACGGUAGAUAACUUAUACUUUGUGAUAUAAAAGUAAACAGUAAUAAUCGAGGGGCGAACCACUCCUGAAAAUGGUACUUUCUUACUCGAAAUCACCAAAAAUAUUCCAAUUUUAAUUAUUUGUGUAAUAUGCACAUAAUGACAUGGCAAUGUUAAAUAGGAUAAUUCGAAUAUUUUGAUCCAAUUCUAGAAAAAAUAUUGUAUAUUUAUAUUGGGUUCCUCUAGUUAGAAGUAAUACUCACAAAUUCGUUGGUACUGAAUUAUUGAGAUAAAUAGUGACCCACAAAUUUUUAUAAAGUAGGCCAUGACAGACAAACCAGGAAUCGAGUUUGUUCAAAGACAUUACAACAUAGAGACAAAAUGUUUCAUUCAUAAAUCCCAUACAAUUGCAGACUGUUAUUGUUUUAAAAUUGUUAGUGAGUGGAAGAGAGAAAGACAGAUCUCUUAGGACCGGCUGGCAACGUUGUAAACAGUGUCCAUAAUAUGCUCGCCAGUGGCGUAGAGUUUUAAACUUACCAGUAUUGUCAGAGUAGUAUAUUAAAAAAAUACGUAAAUAAGUAAUGUUUUUUUAGUAAUAUAAUAAUGAUGAUUUUUUCAUGUAGGUAAAUUCAAGUACAAGUAAAUUCAAAUACAAGAGAAUUCAAGUUACCUUCCGAUUUUUAAUAUUUAUUGGUUUAUAGUUUAUUGGCAUUUACUAUAUAUUUGCCUGGUAAGAUGUUAACCAAAAUUAUUUAAAAUCUUAAAUUAACAUUAAGUAGGUAGGGGUAUCUAAUUAAAACACUGUCCUAAAAAUAUAUAAUUUUUUAAUUAAUAAUUACAAAAAACAUGGAAUGGCAAAAAAUAUCGUAAAAAAAAACUGUAAAAAUUUUUAAAAUAACGUUUUAAAUAUAUUAAAUACCUUAAUUUUAUUAACUAAAAUUUCAUUUAAUUUUUUUAUGCUUAGUUAUUAGUGUUAUUAAUUACUGCAAUGUUUUUUUGCAGCAGGUGGUGUUCCAAAAAGAGUUGAAUCAGAACUAAAAACCCAUAUAUACAUAUAGGUAAUAAAUAAUGUUUAGAGGUAAACAAAACAUUAAUAUUUUGUAUUUUUACCUGUUGGAUAAGUCAUCCAAAAAUAGAAAGCCCUCACACUGUCUGGGGUUUGCAUCUUUUCUGAUAUAUUUAGCACCAUUUGCACGUAUCCCUAUUAGAGGAAACCAAAGUUUUCUUUUCUCAGGAUAUUGCGGAAACCUAAAUAGAAUAUUAAAAAAUAUGUAUAGGUGCCUAAUAGGUAAAUCAUUUUUAAGGUAUUCUAUCUACAUUUUACGUUAAAUUUUCUUUGCCACUAUUCAAUAAUUAUUUAAUGGUAUAAGAAUAAUUUACUAAUUUAUAAAAGGAAUAUCACUUUAAAAACUGUUUUAAGACUGUUUUAGACUACACAAGUUUUUGAUACUAUUUCUUGUACAAUUUAAAUUGUAUAUUAUCAAACCUGCAGUAAAUUAUCUGAAAAAUUAGAUUGGAUAAUCAUUUUUCAAACAAUUUACUAUGUGAUCCUAUAACAUUUAAAUUCUAUAAGAAAUUGUAUCAAAUCUUGUACAAGAAAUUGUAUAGUCAAAACAGUCUUAAGACGGGUGCCCUACUCCACUGGUUCAAAUGAAAACAACUUAUCUUAACCUAAAAAUACUUACCGAUGAAAGGAUAAAUUUCGAUUUAAAUGAUCUACCUUAUUGAACACUACACAUGCAUGUACCAUAAUUCUUUAUAUUUCUCACAAAAGUUCACAGAAAUAGUAUUUUAUAAAUGACUAAAUCAAUAAGUCACACAGAAACUGUCAGAAAAACAAAAUAGCUGUUAGACCCGAUUGGCAACGUUGCGGCUGAUUACGGUAACUACGUUUCAUUCAUAAAAAUAGGUACUAGUUGUAAAUUCGUAAAAUAAGAUAUUCAGCGUUGCCGUAUUUACGGAGUUCUUUGCAACCCUAAUAUUUUGUCUAGAUUAAUAUUGAUUUAUAAUAAAAACUUUAGCUUAUAUUAAAAGUUUAAAGAAUAAUUUAAUUAAAAACAUAUUUUUAUUUAUAUAAUAUAAAAUUAUAGUUAUAGGAUACAUCAAUUUUUAUUUUUCGAAAGUAAUUUCUCAAAAUAAUUUGUACAUACUGAUAAAACCGGCAAAGACGCAAUAAACGAGAAUCUGGUGGGAAUAAUGAUUUGCCACAUAAAAAUGUAAACAAUUUGGUCUCUUAGUUGUAAUGUCUUUGGGUUUGUUAUAACUUCGCAUCGCUCUAAAUUAAAUCCACUGACACUUAAAAAGAAGAAUUGUACCCUCCUACAUACGUUAAUUUUUUUUAAUGCCUAAUUUAGAAAUAUUUUUUGUAAAUCACUCCAUACUUUUCGACGAUUGUUUUUAUUUGGAAUAACACUCAAUUAUUAUUUUAAUAUAACGUUCUUAUUCAUUAUAGAACUCUCUAAUUUAGAAGAAAUUGCGUAUUUUUAACUUUAUCUUCAAAAACACACAAUUUAAUAUAUUUAUUUUUAAUUGGUAUAAACGUAUAAAGAUUUAAAUAUUUUUGUUACUAGUCAGUGUCAUAUUUAAAGUUUGUUUAUAAGAUACUACUGAAAUUGAAGUGCUUGAAAGAAAGAGUAAAAAGCUUAGAGGUAUCUAGUCAGCAAAUAAACAAAUUUAAGGACCAAUUUUGCCACCAAAGGGGGUUUACUUUUUUUAAUCUUUAACGUUAACAUCAAUUACAUAAAGCUUUAACAUGAUUUUGCUUUUUUACUUUAUUUCAAUCCUUCAAUUGAUAAAAUGUAUAUCCUAAAAAUAUACAAGGGGCUUCAUUAAUAAUGGACCAUAUUGUAACUGAAUAAUCUUUGACUCAAUAUUCCUUCUAACCGAAAUAGACAUUAAACAUUAUUUUUGCUCACCAAAAGUUUAUGCAUGUUUGAACACUUUAAAUUAUUGAAUAUAGUUUCUCGCUGUUAUUAGAGGCGUACGGUAGGGAUAGAGACUUAGUUUCCCCCUCUACAGUCUACGCCACUGCCGUAAUCGUCAUAAUAACAUCGUCAUUAUUUUCUAAGUAAAUAUUGUCUCAUUGCGAUAGUCACUGGUUUUCAAAGGUAUUCGCUCAGUUCGAAGUCAUGGUAGGGGAAGCAAAAGCGAUACUAGCGCUAGCUGCGGAUAAUUCGUGCAUUUUAGGGCGAUAUUUUGGCUUAUCAAAUAUACGUAUAUAUUUGUGUUGUAAAUUGUACAAAUACUAUAAAAAACAUUUUAUAAAUUUUCAGUAGCAAAAUGGAAAUUAUAUCAAAGAAAUAAACGUACCUAUAAUUGCAGUGAGAAGGGAAAAGUAAUUACAAACCUUUAUUUUUGUAACAAGAGUAACAAAAGGUAUUAGAUCAAUAGUAGACAUUAGAAAACUGAAAGGUUUUAUAUACUUAAAUUAUUAUUUUACGAUGUUCUUCAAAAUUCCUUGAGUACAUAUUCAGAAAGGAUAUAUUUCUGCCUUUGAUAUUGUCUGUAACUGGAAUGCAAUUUUAUGACUAAUUGGAAAAAAGUUAUUUAAUAAAUUAUUCUGUUUUCUUUCAAACUGAAAAUGAAGAAAACAAGUAUAAAGUACAUUCGAAAAUAUAUAAAUAUUACAAAUAUUUUUUUGGGAAUAAAUUUUGAAUCCACGUUUAACAUUAACCUUUAACUUCAUUAGGCAAAUUUUCAUACACUUUCUCGUAAAUACUGUUGCCUAAUUACUUAUUCUGUUUUAAUAUUUUUUUUAUUAAAUAUACUUACUUUUCGUUAGCUGAAGUAAUAAAAAUAUAUAAUAAUAAUAAAAAAACUUUUCACUUGUUUUAUAAAUCAAUAUACUUUUAUUAAAACGAAAAAAUACAUUUUCUAAUUACGAAUUCAUUUAAAAAUGACACACAAAAUCGCCCUUUAGUACAUAUUUUAGUUGGCGCUGCCGUCACACACGGAGCGAAUAAGGUUCCUAAAUAAUUUAAUUGCAUGGCUUAGGUGCAUCUAACAUGAGCUUGGUCAAUUUCACUAAGUUUGGUCAUCAAAAUUUAUAAAUCAACAUGAACUUCUCAUAUCUACAAUUUCGCAUUACUCAUGCGCGAAAAAAGCGAGAGAAUAUUGAAUCUAGUAAUUUUCCAAACAACUUAAUUGUUUCCUUUCUUAUCCUCGCCUUACAAUUGUUGGGUUGGCUGCGACGAUUACCCCAUGUCAUCGUUAAUUUAAACAACUGUCAUCGAAUCUAUAUAGUAGGGGUCUUAGUGAUAGGUUUUUUUUUUGAUACACAUAAAUUUACACAAGGCUGAAUUAUAAAUGUAUCAUUAAUUUUUACCUUGUAUAAGAUGGAAUUACUUUGCUGCAGACGCACCAGCUAUGGAUCGCUCGAUGACGACAUCCUCAAAAAGCCAAUAUAGAAAAUAAAAAAAGUUUGCUGCUAUCUUGGUAGAGGUGGAAAACUUUCAAGUUAAAAAAAAAUUAUAAUGUUUUAUUUACGCAAAGCUCUUUUUUUUUUGUGAUAGAAUAAUAUUUCAUAUUAAUGAAAAUCGUUUGCUAUAAUUGAUCUCGCGGUGAAAUGCCCUAUUAUCAAACAAGAAGGUACUGUGAGUCGAGUUUCAAGAGGGUGGCACCAAACUUUUUUCUAUUAACUUUUGAUGUAAAUAAUAAAAAAGUUUCAUACUUGCUUUUCUAUGACAGCAUUUUCUAAACAGGUUUUUUUAAGAUGUCUUCAUCGAUGGAUGCUGAUUCUAUUUUCUUUAAGGUAAGAAUGUACGAUAUAAUUGUAAUUUUGCCUUUCACUAAUAACACACCUAAAAGUGCCACUGGCCCCCCUACCAUUACUUGCCGCGUUUGAGAAUCCACAUCCGAUGCAUCUGAGAUGUAAAAAAUCUUUGAUCACGUGAUUCAGUAUACGUAAAUGUAAUGGGAUAGAUGUGUCCGAUGUGGAUAAAAAAACGCUCGAGAUGUAAAAAAUGCAUCCGAUGUGGAUUCUCAAACGCAGCAACUAUCAAACGCAAAAUGACAUUUGCAUGGUAGGAAACCUAAUAGAAACAGAUAUUGAUGAGUUUAAGCGGAAAUAGCAUUUGCGCAUGAAUAAUGGAGAUUUUCAAUAACGGGAAAGGUCCAUUAUUAAAACAAUAAAAUAAAAUUAAUUAGGGACCUUAACCUUUGUGCGUAAAUAUCUUUAAAACCACCGACUAUAUCUCGUAAUAAGGCAAGAGGACAACAUUUACUUAAAAAAUAAUGAGGUAUCAAAAAAAUAUAUUUUGACGAUUACUACAGUGACGUAGAAUGUAGAGGAGAACUAAGUUUUCACCUCUGAUAAUAUCUAGAAACUUCUACAAUACACAUAUAUAAAGUUUUUGUCAAGUAUGAACAAAAAAUAUUGGGAAAAAAUAAUGUUUAAUCAAAAAAAAAUGCCCUCGGUUAAAAGGAAUAUUUUUUUAUCUGAGCGCUUUACAUAGGUUAAAUCGUCAUAUUUUGGGUCAAAGACUUUCCAGUUACCAUAUUUACAACUAUUAAUGAAACACUUUUAUAU